CUCUCUAGCUCGCGGCCUGUGUCUAUGGUCUGGCCCGAAGCGUCCAGCUGCCCGGGACCGAUCCCCGGUGUAUGGCGCCGCAGGAAACGGCUCCCGGGCCCAGAUAAAGGGCCACCUCCGCAGCUCUUGGCCGAGCGUAAGAUCCCCUGCUCCGAGAAUGGCUACCACUCGAUAUGAACCCGUGGCUGAAAUUGGUGUCGGUGCCUAUGGGACGGUGUACAAAGCCCGAGAUCCCCACAGUGGCCACUUUGUGGCUCUCAAGAGUGUGAGAGUUCCUAAUGGAGGAGCAGCUGGAGGGGGCCUUCCCGUCAGCACAGUUCGUGAGGUGGCCUUGUUAAGAAGGCUGGAGGCCUUUGAACAUCCCAAUGUUGUACGGCUGAUGGAUGUCUGUGCUACUUCCCGAACUGAUCGGGACAUCAAGGUCACCUUAGUGUUUGAGCAUAUAGACCAGGACCUACGGACAUACCUGGACAAAGCACCUCCGCCGGGCUUGCCUGUUGAGACCAUUAAGGAUCUGAUGCGCCAGUUUCUAAGCGGCCUAGAUUUCCUUCAUGCAAACUGCAUUGUUCACCGGGACCUGAAGCCAGAGAACAUUCUAGUGACAAGUAAUGGGACAGUUAAGCUGGCCGACUUUGGCCUAGCCAGAAUCUACAGCUACCAGAUGGCCCUCACGCCUGUGGUUGUUACGCUCUGGUACCGGGCUCCUGAAGUUCUUCUGCAGUCUACAUAUGCAACGCCUGUGGAUAUGUGGAGUGUUGGCUGUAUCUUCGCAGAGAUGUUUCGCCGGAAGCCUCUCUUCUGUGGGAACUCUGAGGCUGACCAGCUGGGCAAAAUCUUUGAUCUCAUUGGAUUGCCUCCAGAAGACGACUGGCCUCGAGAGGUCUCUCUUCCUCGAGGAGCCUUUUCCCCCAGAGGACCUCGGCCAGUGCAGUCAGUGGUGCCGGAGAUGGAGGAAUCUGGAGCGCAGUUGCUGCUGGAAAUGCUGACCUUUAAUCCACUUAAGCGAAUCUCUGCCUUCCGAGCCCUGCAGCACUCUUACCUGCACAAGGAGGAAAGUGACCCGGAGUGAGGAGAGGGGCUGCCUUUUCCAGUUUCCGGACGCUGUGUGGAAAGAACCUUGCUGAAGUGGCAGCCUCUGCCUUCCCCUGAGGCUAUGGAGAGUCCUCCGGUUUAGCCUUAAAUGACAAUUCCCUACCUCUCCUUAUGAGGUUUACCCCACCCCCACCCUCCUGUUUCUCUACACUAAAGGGCAGGCAUUAUCUGUCUUCUUCCCUCCCUGAUUUAUAUUGGGAUCUUUUUUAUACAGGAAAACAAAACAAGACAAAGAAGUAUGGUCUUUA